UGACAUCACUGCAGCGCCAUCCUUAAAUGACAUCACUGUGUCUUGAGGUCCCAGCUAAUAUUAUUACUAACUAUUUUACACUCAUUCCUGUCUUGAGUAUAUAGUCUUUGUGAACAAACAUCUAACACGCGGGAACUUGUUGUAGGUGGACCUGUGGCAGCUACUGUACCAUCUUCCGAAGGAUUACUUGUAUACUGGACUCUUAGGUCUGAAACAAUUUCUCAGGAAUCAUGUCAUCAAGGAAGAAAAGAAAAUUAAUUGUAAACACAGACUCAGACAACACCGAUGACUUGGUUACUUCUCUGCAGAAGUCAAAAAAGUCUCGAGGAAAGAAAGAUGCAAAUGAAAGUGAUACAGUGCAAGAUGAUUCUCUGUUUGGUGAACUGGUGUCAAAAGCUGGAUAUAUGCUGAAGAAAGGAGAUCAGCCUAACAUGCUAAGUUGUGAUCAAGCAAUGUUCCAGCGGGACCUUCGGUGGAGUUUAAGGUCUCAUUCAAUCUACCGCAUGCCGGAAAUUGCAGAGAAAUUUAUUCAGGGACUAGAGGAUCAUAUUGAGGAUCCUGUGAAAUUAAAAUGGACACUACUUUAUACUCAGACAGUGAAAAAUUGUGUGACUGCCCGAGGAGGACAGCAAGACUCACUCAUCCGUAUGUGUCUCAAUAUAGAAGAACUUCAGCCAAGUCUCAUUAAGUUAUUGACAGAGAAGCUCCUUGAGAUUGCGAAUGAUGAUGAGAGCAGCAGCCAAGCCAACCUCCCAAAUUUAGUGUUGGCCAACCUCAAGUGGCUUGACCACAUCAUUGACUCGGACACACUCACUGACAAGAUCGUGGACAUUCUCGAGGGCUCACCGCCCAAGGUCCAACAAGAGGUGAUCUGUUUUGUGCCAAACAUUGUAAAUGAUGCCAACCAUCCCAGGAUAGCUGAGGUGCUGUGUAAUCUGUAUGACACAACACCAGAGCUGACACCUGCCAUCCUUGACACCCUAGGGCACUUGACGCUGGCACCUAAGGACCUGGAGGAUGUGCAUCACUCUGUACUUAAAUCCCUACAGGCGGCUAGACCUGAGCAGCUGCCUGUUGUUACCAAGUUCCUGCUAAGCAACACUCCUCAGCCAAUGGCCUAUCAGGUUUUAUGUGACAUUCGUGAAAAGAUCAACCUUCCUGGAGACUCCAGGCGCGUCAGGAAGUCUCCACAGAAAUUAACAGGGAAAUUUGCCAGCAGCAGAUCUGCAGUUAAUACUAAUAACGACAAUGAUAAUAUAGCAUACGAAAUUCUGCUUCUCAAUAACAUUAAGACUGUCACUCUGAUUCACAGGUUCCUCUCUACUGCUUGGUUAAAGGCUAUUCAAGAUGUGUAUGACGUGGCCGGUGUUCGACCUCUUGACUUCCUGAUCCUGCUAAUGUUUUACGACUCUGUGCCUUCUCAACGGCGUGCCAUAGAGAGCAUCUUCCGCAACAAGAUUCGAACUGGAUUCUUUUCUGAUACACUGCUUGAAAAAAUAUUCACAAACCAUAGUUGUGUACUGAAAGAAAAUUUUGAACCGUUGAAGAAGUUGGCCAAUUUACUGCUGAGAUGCCCUGAACCUAUCAUUAGCCAGACAGGAGCUUCCUUAUAUAGGUUGUCCUUCUUGCAUCUUGACGGAUACCAGCAGCAAGAGAUUGUGUUGGCUUUGUUGAAGCACCUUGGUGACAACGUUGCUGUGAGAUUUACUGCGUUGUCACUCUUGUCCUUACUCGCACACCAAUAUACUGCUGCCAUGUCAAAGUUCACCAUCUUUCUCAAGGGUUCACUUGAUGUGGUGGACGAGCUGGGAAUUGGGGAAGUGAAGAGGCUGCUGGAUGUUGUGAGCCUCCUCGUCUACUGUGACUCCUCACAUGCUGCACUACAAGAUGAACUGAUCAUCCUAGUCCGGAAGCAGCUCUCUCACUCAGUCUUGAAGUACAAGCUUAUUGGUGUGUUGAAUGCUGCCCUUGCUAUGAAGAACAUGGUAGUGAGGGAUGACAGCUUGAGUACUACAACGAGCAGCAAGUCAUCAGGUUCUGGCCUAAAUACAUCCUCUCUGAAGGAGGCAGAAAACCUCCUCUGUCUAGUGUUGUCUUCCACAGCCAAGUCACCAACAGCUUCUGCAUUGUUCAUGGAUGAGAUGGCAUCUAUUACCCUCAAGGAGGGCAUGAACUCAAAGCUAGAGGAAUGGGUGUGUGAUAAGAUGAUCAACGACUUUCAAAAUACAUUUGUGUUAGAUUAUGCCUUAGACUCUCAGCCUCCGGAGGAUCUUUUUGCCCUAGAAGCGUGUUGGAGCUUAAAUACAGAUGUGGAUGAUACUGGCAUCAUCAUGAACCUGGCACCAUUGGUUAUAAAAGCUGAAGCCACAAGAAAUGACCCAGUAGCCAAAGAGAGCAAGAUGGUAUCCUUGGCUCCACAGUUCCGUCUGCUGCGAAUGCUGGAGAGUCGUAUUCAGGAAGGCAACCUUGGCAAUAUUGAUGCUCUUCUUGGGUGUCCAGUGUACGGGCCAGCUACAUCUGUCUUCGAGAAGUUUGAUAUCCUCACAAAAAUGGAGCAGCAUGCGGCCCUCUCCUGCAUCUUCUAUACCAUUAAUUGGUUUCUUGAACUUAUUAAUGCCUUUGUUACACAGAAGGAUAGUGAUCUGAAGCAGAAGGUAUACUCACGUGUGAGGCACGUGAUCCACCUUCAGAACACAUUGUUGCAGCUUUUGAUAAAGUGUCCGGGCUACUCUCCACCUUUGGCAGUGUUUGAUCUGGACACAUCUUCAGCACUGCCAUCAUUCACAAUAACCAGCUCAAAGAAAGGAAAAAGGGGAAGAAAGUCAAAAUCUGGGAAAGGUAAAAGUAAAGGGAAGAACAACAAUGGUGAAGCAACACAAGUGGGAGCUACCCAGGCCAACUCACAGCCCACCACACAACCCACCAUACAGCCCACAGCCCUAACACAGGGAGAGGACAAGGAAACAGUUAAUACUGAGGUGUCGUCUUCAGUAGACAUGACCACGCUGCGGCCAUAUUUCAGGGAGCUGCAUCUGGAUGUAUUCUGUCUCCUCUUCAGAAAACUGGGACUAGAAACUGAUGUGGAGGAUCGCAGUCGAUUAUCAUUAUCAGAAGCUGAGUUUCUACUGACAGAUCUCAACUUCAAACUCACACAUGUUUUUAGAAAUGGAAACAAACGAGCAUCAGUCCUUGGCCAUGGAUCAGAGAAGAGUAUUGGUUACUCACACCUUGACCUCUUCACACCUGCCGAGGUCGCUCAGCGUGCUUUUCGGUUCCUCAAGCCAGUGUGUGUUCACAUGGAAUCAAUUAAUGAUUUCUUUCAGAAUAUGAUUGCUGAUAAUGAUGGUAUAAUGGAUGCCCCGGGAAUGUUCAGCGAGAAAACAUGCCCCCUGAUUAAGGUCAACACACUGCUCUUUACAACACUGUCUAUUUUCCUCUCCUGGAAUGGUCUUCAGCUGGAAGAGAACAAAGAAACACUCACAGAGGUUCUGCAUACCAUUGCCAAGAAACUAGAGGGUGAUGUCAAGGACAUGGAAGAAGAAGAACUGGUAUCCACAGUUUUCCGAUAUAUCUCAAAUUUCCAUGAGUCUAUUGUCAGCAUACACACUGCAUCAAUCCUCGUACAGACAUUGGUCGCCAUUACAGCUCUUCCACGGCAUGAAGAUUUCAGUGAAAGUUUUGUGACAAUAAUUGAAGAGUUGUUGAAGAGAGAUUGGUACACCACUGGUGGGGUGAAGGAGAAGGGAGCUGUCUACAACCAGUAUGUUCACAACCUUCUCCAGGAGUACCUGAGACAGAGCAAGAAUCCAUUGUCACUGAUAGAAAAAAUUUGUAAAACUGCCAUAAAAGAAUUUCAUGGUGCUUCUGGACGCGAUCCUCAGUCGGACACUUUCCCAACCUUGAAUAAAGGCACCCUAGGUGUAUACUUCCGCUGUAUGAUAUCCUUCCUAGUGAGCAGCACAAAACAGUCUCUCUCGGCCAUAGGCACAGCAUCAGCAGACGAUAAACUGAAGUGUCUGUUGGUCUGGAACACAGCUAUCAACAUCUUCCAUACCCUAAUCAUAAUCCUCAAGAAGAAUAACACCAAACAUUUAUUGAUUUCUUGCCUCAAGUAUUCCCGUUCAUUCGUGGACUUGUUCUUGCGCAGCGCCAUGCCUCUGAUGGACUCCUGUCUGCGUCAACAUAAUAAAGAGGUGAUGACCAUUUUCAGUAGCCUUCAAGUGUCAACGAGGCUCUUGCAGAAUGUCUGUACUCACUCCAAGGUCAAUCAAGAUAUAAGUUUGACCCGUUAUGUCCCUCUGGUUAAGAAGUCAUUGGAAAUGUUGGUGUACCGGGUCAAGGCGAUGUUGGCACGAAAUAAAUGCUCCAGUGCUUUCUGGAUGGGCAACUUGAAGAACAGGGACUUACAAGGAGAGGAAAUACUGUCUCUGUCAGGUACAGAAGCUAACCAAGAGGAGGAAGGCAAUGAAGAAGAGGAAGAGGAGGAGUUGGAGGAUAUCAAUGAUGACCAGUCUGAUGUUGACCUUGAUGAGGAAGAGGAAGAUGAUCGGUCAACUGACUAUAGUAAUAGUUUUUAGGGUAAGGGAGAAAUAUGGUGAUUCCCUGAUGUUAUUUUGACUUGGGCGGAAGAGGAGGGAGAGGGUGGCAAGUAAGAAGGGAUGCACAGAAGUGUUUCUUAAAAUUAGUGUUUCGGUGUAACGGUUUAUUUUGCUGAAAAAAGAGAACAGUGUGGUAUACAGUACCCUCUUAUUGGUGACACUUCAAAGGGAAAGGACUAGAGUUGUUGUUUAGAUGAAACACUUAUGUGGUCUGGCUAUGUACUGUAUGCAACAUAUUACUGUACUUCAUACUGAUGAUGUCACUAAGCUACUCAUUGUGACAGCAUACAUAAGUACAGUACUGUAUACUGUAGGAAAAUAAGGGAAAUCACUAGAUUGAUAUGAAUGACACUAAGGCAGGUAACUGAGUUAAAGAAUCUCUUUAUUUUUUGUGAAUGUUAAAGAGAUUUGUAAAUUAUAGAUAUCUAUAAUUACCAUUCAGCAUUGGUCUUAAAAUUGGAUUUUAAAAAGUAGAAUUUCUAUGUUAUUACAAUUAAAUAAUGAUUCAUUUGAAAAAGCCAAGUGUUUUGUUACAAUGUUCUGCCCCGGUAUUUUUUUUUAUUUUUAUCGAUUAUCAAAAGAAAACAAAAUGAAUAUAUAUUGCUAUGAUAUAAAAGUAGUUUUUCUUACAAAUCCUAUUUCAAAAUUUCAGGAUAUUGUAUUUAUAUUUAGCUAUUGUCACCUACUAGAGGUGACCAUGCUGAGGGAAGGGGGCCAGUAGCCUGUGAAGGAUCCCUCCAUUGUUCAAUAGGUCCACCACCCUUUGUGUGAAGAAGUAUUUCCUUGUGUUCGCUCUGCAUGUUAACUUGACGAACAUGAAGUUAAGGCCUCUUGAGUUGGUGAUGCGUAGCAUCACAAAGAAAUGUUCCAGGUUCACAUCAUCCCUCUCAAGAUUUUGAAUGUCUUAAUAAAAUGUGCCCUAUUGUGUCUUAAGGCUGAAAAAACCCAUCAUUUUGGAAAAAAAAAAUCAAGAUUAAGGGUUUCAUUCAUGAAAAUACCUUGUAUAUUAAUAGUAAAUAUCAUAUACAAACAUAAUCUUUCAUGUAUGUUCUUUUAUAGUGUUCUUAGUAACUGCUAAGAGCAUUCUGCAAAUUACAAAAUCAUUUCCAGUAUUAUAAAGAAUAAUAUGUACAGCACAUUAAAAUUUUGAGAAAUUAACCUUCAAUUAUUUUGUGACUCAGCCCCUUAAUAAUACAGGUUGUACCUCUCUAGUCCGGCAUUCUGUGGUGCGGAAACUCCCGUGGUCCGGAACGAUUUUAG